AUGGGAAACUUUUGCUCUGGAGAUGAAAAGAGGAAAAAGAUCUCUCGACAUAAAAAGAGAAAAAAAUUCAGAUCUGAGGGUGUAGGAGGUGGUGGUGGAGGAGAUAAUGGAGGAGAUGAUGGUGGAGGAGAUAAUGGAGGAGAUGGAACUGAUGGUGGUCAUAUUGGAGGACAUGGUGGAAGUCACCACGGAGGACAUGGAACUGAUGGUGGUCACCAUGGAGGACAUGCAGGCGGACAUGGUGGACAUGUUGAACAUGGAGGGGGGCAUGUUGGACAUGGUGGUGAUCAUGGUGGAGGCGGUGGCGGUGGCGGUGGCGGUGGCGGAGGGUGUGGAGGUGGUGGGGGUGGCUUCUGA